UGCAGUCGACCUAAGUACAUUAUAAUAAACCAGAAUGCCACCAACCACAUAUCAACAUUUAGCAGUACUUAAUCGAGAUUAAACUUUUAGACUUGCCAAAAUCAUGAACAUCUUGUUCCUCAACUAAUCACAAGAACUACAUAAUCAACAAUCUUGGGCCCCUCUACAUUGUGAUGAUAUAACUAGAACUCUUUAUUUAAUCGAAUAUAAACUAUAUAGUAGGAGUUAUAAAUAGAAAGUAGUGCACCCAGGGCAUUCAACGGCAAGCUGUGAGUACUUAGUACAUGGGGAGAUUGGAGAAGAUGGAAGGAGGGAAGAAGAUUAACACAGGAAACGCUACCAUUCUGGCUCUGGGCAAAGCCUUCCCUCAUCAGCUUGUCAUGCAAGAGUUUUUGGUUGAUGGCUAUUUCAAAAACACCAACUGCGACGAUCCAGCACUCAAGCAGAGGCUCACCCGGCUAUGCAAGACAACAACAGUAAAAACAAGGUACGUGGUUAUGUCAGAGGAUAUCCUAAAGAAGUACCCUGAGCUAACUGUCGAAGGCCUUCCAACAGUAAAACAAAGACUAGACAUAUGCAAUGCAGCAGUUACAGAAAUGGCAAUUGAAGCCUCACAAUGUUGUAUUAACAAAUGGAGCAGACCAAUAUCAGACAUUACUCACGUAGUAUAUGUUUCAUCAAGUGAAGCUAGAUUGCCAGGAGGCGAUCUUUAUUUAGCAAAAGGACUUGGUUUAAGCCCAGAAACUAAACGAGUUAUGUUAUAUUUUGCUGGCUGUUCUGGUGGAGUCGCGGGCAUUCGUGUUGCUAAGGACAUUGCUGAGAAUAAUCCAGGAAGUAGAGUCCUGUUAGCUACCUCUGAGACUACUAUAAUUGGGUUCAAACCACCAAGUGUUGAUAGGCCAUAUGAUUUAGUUGGAGUGGCUCUGUUUGGUGAUGGUGCUGGAGCUAUGAUAAUAGGCUCAAACCCGGUUCAGGAUAUUGAAAGGCCUCUGUUUGAAUUGCAUACUGCUAUUCAGCAUUUCUUGCCUAACACAGAAAAGAUCAUUGAUGGCAGACUUACUGAAGAGGGAAUUAGUUUCAAGCUUGAAAGAGAACUACCCCAGAUAAUUGAAGACAAUAUUGAGGAUUUUUGUGACAAGUUAAUUAGUAUUACAGGAUACAAUAAUAGAGAAUACAACAAGCUAUUUUGGGCAGUUCAUCCAGGUGGUCCUGCUAUUUUAAACAGGCUAGAAAAAAGGCUGGAAUUAUCUCCUGAUAAAUUGAGUGCAAGCAGAAGAGCAUUGGCUGAUUAUGGAAAUGCAAGUAGUAAUACUAUUGUUUAUGUGUUGGAGUAUAUGUUAGAGGAAAAUAAAGACAAGAAGAAAGAAAAUCAACAAGAUUCUGAUUGGGGAUUGAUACUUGCAUUUGGUCCUGGGAUCACAUUUGAGGGUAUUCUCACAAAGAAUCUCACCGUUUGAACUGUACGCCACUGGCCCUCGGAAAUUUUUCGAUUGUCAAAAAAAUAAGCAAAAAGGAAUAUGACCAUUUGAAUAUGUUAAAGAGUACUCAAUUUAUAGUUCUUAUUGUUGAAGCUUUUUGUUUAUUGUCUAGUCCAUAAUACAA